AUGUCCGGCCUUUUGGCUCUUUCUCAAGCUGCUCCAGCUCCUGGAGCCCACCAUGGCAAGAAGCCCCCUAACAACCUUGAGCGCGACCUUGCUACCGCUCGCGCCUUCGCAAAGACCGUAACUGGCCCCCCGGAAGUUCUCGCCAACUGGACUGCAAGCUCCCAUGUGUGUGAAAUGGCUGGUUUCUAUUGUGAGACAAACCCUGACAAUGUCUUCGCCCUCGCCAGCAUCGGUUUCCAAGGAUUCCACUUGACUGGCAACAUCAGGCUCGAUGGCUUGAUGAACAAAAUGCCUGACCUUGCUGUUUUCCGCGCCAACAGCAACGGCUUCAGCGGCAGCGUGCCCUCCAUCAAUAAUGAGAAGUACCUUGACGAGGUCGACCUCAGCAACAACCAGUGCCUGUGCAGUUUCUCUUGGUGGGAAUUGUCUACGAGUUCUCAGGAAGGAUAG